GGCUGGCCAUAUAAAGGGCCCCCCCUACGCCUUCUGUGCACGCCCGACAUCAUCACCGCCGACAUCAUCAUGAAGGCAUCCGCAACUCUCUUGUUGGCUCUUGCCGCUACAACAGCCCAAGUCCGGGCGGACGCGGCGGCAGACUCUGAUGUGAUUUCCCUUACCAAGGACACAUUCUCAGAGGUGGCCCAAAAGCCUCUGUCAUUGAUAGAGUUCUAUGCGCCGUGGUGUGGGCACUGCAAAGCCUUGGCACCCGAGUACGAAAAGGCUGCGACUGAACUCAAGUCGUCGAUCCCGCUCGCCAAGGUUGAUUGUACCGAGCAAACCGAGUUGUGCCAGGAGCAUGAUGUGCGGGGGUACCCUACCAUGAAAGUCUUCCGCGAGGGUGAACCUUCAGAAUAUAAGGGACAGCGAACGGCGGAGAGUAUUAUUGGCUACAUGAAAAAAUUGGCGCUGCCUCCUGUAUCUGAUCUUUCCGCGGACAAGGUCAAGGAAUUUGCGGAAUCGGACAAGGUGGUUGUCGUUGGGUUCUUUGAGGACAAAACUUCGGACGAGUACAAGGCUUUUGAGGCCGCCGCUAACAAACUCCGGGACACCUUUUUGUUUGGUGCAACGACCGAGGAGGAGGCGUUCAAAGCUCAAGGAGUGAAAGCUCCUGCAAUUGUCUUGUUUAAAAAAUUCGAUGAGGGCAAGAACACAUUUGAUGCAAAGUUUGAGGAGGGUGCCAUUUCAAAUUUCGUCCAAACCGUGUCCGUACCCCUCAUGGACGAGAUUGGUCCCGAAAACUACGGUUACUACAUGGAGAACGGCCUUCCUCUCGCCUACCUCUUUGUCUCUACCCCCGAAGAACGGGCCACUGUUGGAAAGGAGAUCGAACCUCUUGCCAAAGAUUUCCGCGGCAAAGUAAACUUUGUGUACAUUGAUGCCUCCAAAUUUGGGGGACAUGCCAAAAACCUCAACCUAAAAGAAAGCUGGCCCGCAUUUGUGAUUCACGAGUCGGAAAAGAACCUUCGGUACCCGUUUGAUCAGGGGAAGAAGGUGAACCAUGCAGAUGUCAAGGCGUUCGUUCAGGACUUUGUGAACGGAAAGUUGGAACCGUCGUUGAAAUCUGAGGAGAUCCCAAAAGAGAAUGAUGGGGACGUCAAGGUCGUUGUCGGCAAAUCGUAUGCCGAUAUUGUGUUGGACACAGACAAGGAUGUAUUGAUUGAGUUUUAUGCUCCUUGGUGUGGACACUGCAAAGCCCUUGCACCCACCUGGGAGGAGCUCGGCAAAGAAGCCAAGAAGCUCUCUGACAAGAUCGUCAUUGCUAAAAUGGAUGGUACCGAAAACGACCUCCCUUCGGACGCUCCCUUCAGUGUUCAAGGAUUCCCGACCAUUAAAUUGGUCAAGGCCGGCGACAAUGAAGUGGUGGAUUACGCAGGGUCAAGGACGCUCGAGUCUUUCAUUGACUUUUUGAAGGCGAAUGCAGUGCAUGGUGGUGGCGCUGAGAAGAAGGAGGCCAAGGAAGGCGAUGACAAGAAGACGGAGGAAGAGGGACAUGAUGAGUUGUAAGGUUGUUUGGGUGGUAUGCGUCUCAUAGGAUGUGUUGGCAUUUCGUUGCAAAACGACCUUCUGUCUUAAUAUGGACUGGCGUUGUGUUUUACAUUAUACAUGAAGGCGAUAUGACGGGCAUCUAUCUUAUCCAAAACUGUUGCACUG